CUCAAUCUAUCUCUCAUCUCCCGGUUCCCCUCCCUCCUUUUCCUCUCUCUUCCUUUCCUUCUUUCAUUUGCUCCCUCAUUCUCCCCUCACUCUCUCUUCCUCAGUCUUUUUUCUGUCUGUUUUCCCUCCCUCAGUCUGACUGUUUUAAAAGCAGUAAUUAUAAAUGACAUGGUUAUCAGGGCAUCCAGGUUCCCUUUCUCAUUUCUCUUUCUGUCUCUUUUCCCUGUCUCUGCCUGUCUGUCUCUCUUCCUCUGUUUUACAGCUGUCAGUCCUCAUGACUCUUUCUCUGUCUGCCUCCCUCUCGUGUGUAUGCUUAUUUGUUUUUGCUUUUGCUGAAAUUCGAGUUUUGUGGCAUUCUUUUUUUCCAUCCGUAAAUCUAGGGAAAGCAAGAGGUUCCUCUGGUGCACUGCUAUUCUAAAGUGAUGGAGCAUGCAGUGGAUGCCGGCACUCAGACUGACCCAGUGGUGGUCCUGUCUCUGGCUCAGGCUGCUGUGCUGGGCCUCAUAUCUCAGAAUGAAAUCUUCGGAGCCACCAUCGCCCCAAAUGGCUUCUACACAGGAGAGGGGCGUGACGGUCCCCCUUCCACUGGAGAAGCCAUGGAGUAUGAAUACACAGAUCAGCUAAUUGGGGCCAACGGAGACUAUCUGUCUGAGCCUAAUGGAAAGCACAGCACCCGUUCGGGCCCCCGUGGGAAGACCAAAUGGCCCCAGAGUAAGGGUGAACCAGAGGACUCCACAGAGAGGACUCCGGACACAUCGAAUCAGGUGAAAGGAGAGAGGCCUGAUUUCUCUAGCCCCUGUUAUCUCUCAACUCCUCUGCAAACAGAAAACGAGCCAGAAGUGUUGGACUUAGCAAUGAACAAAGUGUCAAUGAAGGAAGAACUGUGUAACAAAGGCUACCCUGAGUCCUCGAGGGAGCCAGGCACUGUCACUGAAGCCGACUGUGACGCUCAGACUCGGGCCCACCAAAGCCCUGCAGGGCAUGAAAAGGGACCGUCAGAGUCCUUUGAGGAAGGGCGGGAAAAAGAAGAGGAGGAGGUGGAGGAGGAGAGAGCACUGAAUCUGAAAACCUCAGAGGAGGAUGCAAGCCCUGUAAUGAGGCGCUACUAUGAGUCCAGUGUGACGGCGUACGAGGCUGCUGAGAUGGGUCUGGCAGGCGAUUACGAGGAGGGCAGCCAGGCCAUGUGGGCAGACAACGAGAACUCUUUAGGUCGACGCAUGCAGAUUGACCGCCUAGAUAUCAAUGUGCAAAUCGACGAGUCAUACUGCGUCGAUGUGGGCGAAGGCCUCAAGCGAUGGAAGUGCCGCAUGUGCGAGAAGUCCUACACCUCUAAAUACAACUUGGUUACGCACAUUCUCGGUCAUAACGGCAUCAAGCCACACGAGUGUUUGCACUGCGGCAAGCUCUUCAAGCAGCCCAGCCACCUGCAGACGCACCUGCUUACACACCAGGGCACACGGCCACAUAAGUGCACAGUCUGCAAGAAGGCCUUUACGCAGACCAGCCACCUUAAACGGCACAUGUUGCAACACAGCGACAUCAAGCCUUACAGCUGCCGCUUUUGUGGCCGUGGUUUUGCCUACCCCAGUGAGCUACGCACUCAUGAGUCCAAACACGAGAACGGGCACUGUCACGUCUGCACGCAGUGCAGCCUGGAGUUCCCCACCCAUGCCCACCUCAAGCGGCACCAGGUCAGCCACCAGGGCCCAACCACCUUCCAGUGCACCGAAUGCCACAAGUCCUUUGCCUACCGUAGCCAACUUCAGAACCACCUGAUGAAGCACCAGAAUGUGCGGCCAUAUGCCUGCUCUGAGUGCGGUAUGGAUUUUGUGCAGAUCCACCAUCUGAAGCAGCACAUGCUAACACACAAGGUACUGAAACAGCAGGCCCUCGAACACAAGGGUAUGAAGGAAUUCAAAUGUGACGUGUGUUCUCGUGAGUUCACUCUCUCAGCCAAUCUGAAGCGCCACAUGCUGAUACACACCAGCGUGCGCCCUUUCCAGUGCCACAUCUGCUUCAAGACCUUUGUCCAGAAACAGACGUUAAAAACACACAUGAUUGUCCACUUGCCAGUGAAACCUUUUAAAUGCAAGGUGUGCGGGAAGUCCUUCAACAGAAUGUAUAACCUGCUGGGUCACAUGCAUCUUCAUGCCGGUAGCAAACCCUUCAAGUGUCCUUACUGCACCAGCAAGUUCAAUUUGAAGGGCAACCUCAGCCGACACAUGAAGGUGAAACAUGGAAUCCUGGAAACCUCAACUGAAGGACAAGAUAUCCUGCCUAAUGCCGAUGGUCAGGAUGAUUACGAGGAGAGCUUUGAUUACAGCGAGAGGGAAAAUCUAGCCAGCAACAACACACCAGACUUGGCCAAAAUGGCCAAAAUUAGCUACUACAACUACACUAAGUCGGCUGCACGCUACAACACAGAUUAAGUGGCUGACUGGAACACUAAGAUAUGGACAUUUCUUAGUAUUCUAGGUUAUGACAUGAGCCACAGAGGAAAUAGCCAUCAUGAAAGUGCACCGGAAGCUAUUUUGGCUCUGUAAAACGAGUGAUAGCAUCUUCAUUUUAACAAACAUUUAAUUUUACAUUAGGGCCCAUCCUGAAGAAUAGAGGACAAUUGGUGCUAAACAGAACUGAUUACAAUUCUUAAAGGGAUAGUUGACCCAACAAUAAAACUACUGUCCUCGCUUAGUCUGCCUCAUGCUUUUCCAAACCCUUAUGACUUUGUCUUCUGUGGAACUCAGGAAGAUAUGAAAAAGGAUGAAAAAGUGAAUGAGGUUAAACACUGUCUAACAUUUCCUUUGUAUUCCAUGAAAGAAAGGGAGUCAUACAGGUUUGAAACAAACAUUAGAGUGAGAAAUAGACCAUUUUAAUUUUUGGGUGAACUAGUCCUUUAACAUAAGAUCAUCUCAGAGCCAGAGGUGCAGUAAAAAAAAACACUUAAAUCUACACAGACAAUCCACAGCUCUUUUCAACAUGGAGACACCAAGAUUUGUAUGUGGCUUAUGAUAUUAUAGAACAUUGAUCUUGUUGGUGGUUUUACUAUCCAGCAAGGUGGUAACCAUUUACAGGACUUAACCAAAGCUUACAAAGUGCAAACAGUUCUCAUUACAUUUUAACUUAAACAACAUUGUUUUAAUUGUCUUUAAACACUGUCUUUUUGUUUAGAUUCUUCCUCUUAUGUUGUUUUUGAUGAGCAUAGUUUAUUUGUGGUUCACAAUGGGCCUUUAUUUUUUAUGUGGGCCAGUCCAUGAUGUUUGAGAACUCCUUGGCCUUCUGGACAUAGUGCUUUGUUUUUCCAUAAUUAUUGCAAAUAAUAUUUAUUGUUUAAUGUUAUUUCUUGUCAUUCUCAAGUGUAAAUACAUAUUUUAAGACUCCGUGUUCCAGAUGGGAAGAUGUUAUUUCAAUUUAAGAAGGAUAUUGUAGUUUAGCCAUGGAUUUAAUGACAUUUUGGUCCAUUACAUCUAAAUUAUAUAUCUCUUUACUUUUUUAGUAAUACCAACUAAGAUUGCCCCUUUAAAGAGUCCCAUUUCACAGAGCCCAUGUGUCAGACAAAAAGCUGUUAAAUAUUUCACCAAAUCUGAAUCCUGUGUUUUUUUGUGAUCACUUUAGUUUGCAAUCUGUUCUAUACUUGCUAACUGUGGGCUAAAUCCAUUUCAUUUUUAAAUAUGGAGAUCUAGCUUAAUUAUGUUUUGGUGUUGCUUUAACAAACUUAUUCCAAACGUAAUCAAUUUCAAUCUCUUUGGAAAGAAAACCUUGUAACAUGUACUGCAUCUUUCCCAAAAUCACCAGUACUGGUUGAAUGUGAAGAGGAUGCCCUAAAACACUGGACAAAAAUAUUUACUACCCUUGUGUGUGCAAGAGAGUGUCUCAUCCAUCAUUCCUGCAUGGAGCUCAGAAGUGAUGAACGACAGUGUGCUGACAAGUGACAGGUCCUGAGACCCAGCAGAGAAUGAUUAGGGAAAUUCACCAUGUAUUCACCAUUUCUCUCUCUGCUUAGCUUCACACUGACACAGUACAAUCUAGCUACAGUAGGCAACUCUAAAUGUUAAUGUGUAACAUGAGAAAAAAGAUUUUGUGGAUUUUGCAGUGUUGUUUCCUUGCAUUUUGGGCUUUUAGACUAAGCUAGGCAGCUGUUUUAGUUUUAAAUAAGCUUUCUAUUCUUUUGUUGCACAUUAAUGUGAAUAUGAUGAUAAAUGUUUACCAUUGUGCUAUGACCAUUAUUGUAAAUUAAUACAUUUAUUUGCCUUUAAAACUGUGGACUGCUAUUGUGUGGAUAAACAAUACAAGAACCAGGCUUCAGGUGUCAAGAUAUUUAAUAGAGGUUUUCUGAAAUGGCCCUUGUAAUUUUUUUCUUUCUUUUCCCUAUUGUAUUAUACAGUAUCUGACAUACAGUAUUUCAUCUACCAAAAAUAGAACCCUGAAGAUGUGGGGAGAGAUGGUGGAUCCCAUCAGCAGGAUUAGCUAACAAAAUAGCUAUGAACAU